UAGGGUGAAGUUGUAGUUUUUCUAAGUGGCUCCCAUUUUGGCUGUAGUGUUUCCAAGCGCAUGGUCGAGAGAGCGGGUUCUUUUUGUUUAUCUCCGGUAAAGACAAUAACGAUUCUCCGUCUUACAUUUUAUAGUUUAUUUGCGUAUUGGGGUACUUAAGGUUUGAUUAUAAACGUUGAUUGACUUGUUUGGAUAAGUUUAUUGGUAAUGUUUGGGAUUCAUUUUGUAUGCCUUUUGAAGGAGGGAAACCAAGUGGAUUAUUGACUGAAGCGCGCCACCUAAACAGAGUUUAAAAAACAUGGAUAUAAAGGACUUUAUUGAACAAAAGGACCAUUUGUAAUGUAACUGUAACAUUUUGGAGUGCCAGCAGACAAAGAUCUUCAAAGACUCUCCUCCCUCCCUCUAUUCCCUCCCUGAUGGACAGACAGUGUAGUCGUCGUGCUGUCAUUCAGUCGGUGACCUGUUGUAACAAUGUGUUACCUGGUUCUAUUCCUUCUGGUCUGCUCUGGAACUCUCCUGUCUAUAACACUCAUAGACUACUACCAACACCAAAGAGAUGAGUUCCUGGACUCUGUCCAGAAGAGUUUGCAGUGCAGGAGACUGAGAGAGAAACUGGUGACCAUGACUACUAUGAAACAAGUAGACAUUGGAUUGUUCUCUCAGGAGGUGAGAGAUCUGAUGAACUGUCCUUGGAGACUCAACCUCACACACAGAGAACUACACAGGACAGAGUUGUGGUCAUGCUGUAACGCGUAUGAUAGGCUGAUGGUGACCAGACAGAACACCAUUCAGAACCAGAGUCUGACCUACGAGGUAGAGAGGAGGAUGAAGAGAAAGGUGGACCAAGCACUAUGGGAGAUGCUGCCACAGACCGUACCCUGGAGUAAAGGUUCGUUGAGUCGUUGUGCCGUGGUGGGAAGUGGAGGAAUCCUGCAGAACAGCAGCUGUGGAGCGGAAAUCGACAAUUCUGACUAUGUCAUCAGGUUUAACCUGGCUCCUAUCAACAAGAGUUAUGACGUGGGAGUGAAGACAGACCUCAUAACAGCCAAUCCGACCCAGAUCAAUAAAAGGUACCCUGGCCUCCAGCUGAACCCUGGACCCCUGGCGGAAGCCCUGUCAGUCUACGGUCAUGCCCAUCUACUUCUGCCAGCCUUCUCCUUUGCUUUUGGGACCAGCCCCUGCUUCAAGGUGUACCAAGCUCUCCGUAAGGCCCGCCCCCAACAGAAAGUGGUGUUCUUCCACCCAGACUACCUGUUUGAGCUGGGCAGGUUCUGGCAUCGUCGAGGUCAACGAGCCCCACGGCUCUCUACAGGUCUGAUGCUGGCCAGCACCGCUCUGGAGAUCUGUGAACAGGUUCAUCUGUAUGGCUUCUGGCCCUUCCCUCUGGAUCUAUCCCAAAAUACUUUGCCACAUCAUUACUAUGACAACGUUGGUCCAAGUCACUUCAUGCACGCCAUGCCUGAAGAGUUCCUGCUGCUACUACAGCUCCACAGCCAGGGGGCGCUACAGCUACAUGUUGGACCCUGUACACCCUAACAGGUGGAUCAUCGGGGGCUGGAAUUAAAUGAUCAUUUGUACCGUGAAAAUUGACCACAACUAAACCCCAAAAGAUGUAUUUGAAAACAACCGUAAUUUAAUGAAAUCAAAUUAUAAAGCCCUUCUUACUUCAGCUGAUAUCUCAAAGUGCUGUACAGAAACCCAGCCUUUAAACCCCAAACAGCAAGCAAUGCAGGUGUAGAAGCACGGUGGCUAGGAAAAACUCCCCAGAAA